AUGGUCGGCUGGUCGGAUCAACUUUGGAACGUUGGUCGACGCCAAGCUGACUCGCCCAGCAGUAUGCUUUCAACCACCAUACUACUGCUUCUGACAUGCACUCUACAUACAACACGAGGGUCACAGAUAGACACCAGUCAACCCCACACAUCAAUUGAGAAUGCAGAUGCCGUAGCACACACUGCUACUAUCCACGACUGCCAGGUUGUAUUUGACCCCAACGAUGUGCGCAAAGGCACCAGCGACAGUCGAAUUCCAUUACCCGUAGAUAAUCCAACCAAGUCAUUCUGGAUCGACACACCUGAUGCCAACCCUCUCUCAGAAUAUGGAAGCACAGGUGAGCUCACAACGGACGCAGAUAUUUGUAUAAUCGGGAGCGGUAUCACUGGCGUCAGUGCCGCCUGGCAUUUGUCCAAGUUACUCGGGGACAACUCUCUCAAAGAAUAUGAACGCCAGAGGAGUGUGGUUAUUCUUGAAGCGCGACGAAACGGCGGACACCUGACUCCCAUUCUCUUCCACGGUUUCUCGGCUCUGCAAGCGCGCUACAAUACAACAGAAGCGUUGAAAUCCUUUGCGUUGGAAGCUCAUACAUCCGACGCGAUAGUCAAGUUCAUCAAGCAGAAUGGACUGGAACAUGAAGUAGAUUUGGUCGAGGGUGGACAUUUGACAUUAUUGAGAAACAAAAUAGAAGAGCAGGCCUUUCGGGAUGACUGGGAGAAGGUCAAGAGUGCAGGGAGUGUCGGCCCGGACGCGAAGGUUGAGUGGAUAGACAACGAGGAGCUGAGCAAGAAGUACCAUGUGGACCCUAAACUUGGGUACUCCGCUGUUCAUCAACGGGGUCACAACCUCUGGCCAUGCAAACUCGUCACCCAUCUCUUCAAGGACGCCCAAACUCCCUCACCCAAGGUGGCGGUUGAGCUGCACACCAAGACCCCUGUUACAGCCAUCACGAAGAUCGAGCGGGAAUCAUCAAAAGAGCCGCGCCGUCGUUGGAACUUGCACACGCCCCGAGGGAAUAUUGACUGCGAGUAUGUCAUACACGCCACUAACGGCUACGCCUCGCAUCUCCUGCCCUUCCUCGCCGGACUCGAAGAAGAAGACGCGGAAAGUAUUGUCGAGUACGGAUUGAAUGAGAAGCCUGGGUCUGUCGCCGGUGCUCAGGACGUAGAUUUAUCCUCGACGGAGUCCCAACUUCCCCGUGGGGCGUACGGGAUCAAGCCUACAAGAGGACAAGUCGGCGCUGUGCGUUCAUCUGUCAACGCGUCUUCUCUGGGAUGGCUGACAUCGUGGGACGGCGGGAACGGUGGUGAUGAGUAUUGGUUCCCGAGAUACCAGGACACUGAACAUAAGAACCCGCUCAUCAUCCUGGGAGGCGGCAGGUACGCGUCGGAGGGACGUACGAAAGAGGUGGGUGUGUGGGACGACUCUGUGCUCAACCCGCGCGUCUCGAACGCGAUCCGGACGUACCUCCCUGUCCUGUUCCCCGACCAAUUCGCGAAAGAUGGAGAGUGGGAGAUGGAAUGGAGCGGUAUCAUGGCAUUUACCAAGAGCGGCGAUCCGUUUGUUGGUCCUGUGCAGCCCAUUCAGACUGCCCCUCACACGCAGAGCAUAGAGAACCCAUAUGCUGGGCAAUACAUUUCGGCCGGGUACUCUGGCCAUGGAAUGCCUCGUGCAUACGCUUGCGCCCAAGCCGUGGCGAGUAUUAUUGCUGCCCAGAUUCAAAGAGAAGACUGGACACCGCCUUCGUGGCUUCCAGAGCGUUAUUUGACCUGGGCUACUGUGCCUUGA